AAGUAAUUUUUAAAACCGCGACUCCAUAAGCAAGCGCCUGGCUCGAAACGAUCAAAAAGCGAGGUAACCAAGAGGCGAAGCCUUGAACGACAUGGCGUGUGUGAUGUACCCAGGAGGACAGCCGGGCCAAGUGGUCGAGACUCCGUAUAGCGGCGAAACGCUGGUGCUUCGACUGAGUAAACCGAAGAGCGGGAAGAAGGUGCAUUGGGGCGAGGAUAUCGUGGAUAACGAGCACAUGGGAAAGAAGAAGUCGAAAUGUUGCUGUAUCUAUGAGAAGCCUCGUGGACCUGAUGACGGGUCGGAUAGUGAAUCAGACAGUGAAGACAAGGACUGCUGUCAUGAACAUCGUGUCGCACGUGCCAAAGUCCCUAGAAAGCAAGACUAGAACCUGCUCUACCAGCCUGUGUGUGUUCUGUGUCUAUUUAACAGUCAACGUUUGUUGUGAUGGCAGGGGAUGGCAAUUUCAAGUUAACUACCUUCACAUGAGGGCAAAACAACACUAGUUGAUUUGAAGUCCUAAGAAUCAAUUUCACUAUUGGCCAGCAAGCAAAUUGCCUUGACCAAUCAGGAUUCCCAAAUACACGUAGUUGAUAGUGUGAAUAUAAUUGUCCCCUGCGACCUGAUAUUAGUUGUUGAGUUCACAGUUCAAAGUGCUCUAUGACAUCACACCAUUACAUCAUACAGUGAUACAUAUAUACAUUACUGGUCUGCCGGCUUGUUUGUUUUCCUGUGUCUCUUGGCAGCUGGCUCGCGCUCUGCCUUGCCUCUCUCUCGGUAGAACUCUCUCCUCAGCUCUCUCGUCUUCUUCUCUCUUUUGGCGUCUUCCCCUGCCAUGGCUGUAGCUCGCCUCUGUUUGCUCUCCUUCGCCUUCUCCCUCCUCCUCCUCUCCUUGUCUCUCUGGAGAGUCGUCAGCUGCUGCAGCAGAGUCAGUGCCCUCUUCUCUUGGCGUUCCAGAACCACCGCACGCUUGCUGGACAAGCUCUGUCUCGUUCUCUUCUCCCUGUUUUUCGGUUUCGACUUGAACGGCAGCUGUUUCUGAAGGGCAGAGGGGACUCGAACAGGGUUGAAUCUCCGCUGCUCUCUCUCGAUCGGCCGGUAGAGGGAGUCUUUCCUCACUGGAGGGUUGGUCCCGACCUCGUGUCGUAUCUGCCCCACCGUCCUCAUGCCUCUCCAGCUGGUCUUGUCCCUCUCCAGCAGCGAUGUCACCUGGUUACAGUAGCGAGGUACAGUCACGGGGUACCAGGUUCGCAUGAACACAAUGUCGCUCAUAAGCACCCUGUCCUCGAAUGUCGCCCGGAAUGCUCCAUCAGGCGAACGAAGGGCCUUCUUCAGUUGACCUCUGACCCCACUCACCGUCUGCAGAGCCGCUCCCUCGAACUUGGCACACUCGAGAGCCGAGCUGAACAUACCUUUAAUGAAGGCAGUGUUCUUGAAUAUCUUGUAGGGUGUUCCCGUCAGUUUCAGCUUCUUGACAAUGUCGGAGGCUUUGUUCAUCUCCAGCACUACGCCAGAGGCCGCGACACGGAAGUCAGCGUCGACGGAACUGACAGAUUGGACUCCGAGGAAACCGGUACCCGGAGACGUCACUGGACC